AUGACUAUCCGCUUAAAAGAACUGAGCUCCCAACAACCUCCAGUAUUCAGAAUAAACCUCUCACACCCACCAGAAGAGCGCUACACAGCCCUAGCCCAUCUGUACAAAGACCGAAUGCGCUCAGUGACCAGCAUAUUCGACGACGUAAUCCACAACCUAUCCCCCAACAUCCCAACCAAACCAAUCCACUGGCUCGCCCGUCUAUUCCUCCGCAGGCUCUACACAGACGAAGAAACGGCCGAGAUUCGCGGCAUCAGCCGUGUAACGGGAAUCGAUCUGUACCUCCUAAUCAGUCUGAACGUGGUCCUGGAUCUAUUAAUGGGAUGCACAAGCGGCGGCGUACGAAUGCUCGACGGACUCUGGACACGAAUGGUUCAUUUCCGGACCUUAGACUGGGGCAUGGAUCCACUACGCUCACUGAUCGUGCAACUCGAAUUCGUGAGCGAUGACGCACCGGAUAAAGUGCUCGCGACGUGCAUCACGUACGUCGGGUUCGUCGGGAUUCUCACUGGAGUGCGGAAAGAUCUCAGCGUUUCGCUCAAUUUCCGGGCUGUGCAUGACACGCGUCGGAAUACAGAGUUCUAUUUCAAUUAUUUGCUUGUUUUGCUCGGUUUGCGACAAUCCAUCACGUCGCUGUUGCGACAGUGUGUUGUUCCCAGUGUGCAGGGGGAAUCUACGAGACUUUCGAAUACGUCGACCUUGGAGGAGAUAUUGGAUGAAGUGCCUUGUUUGCGUACGACAGCUGCGUAUCUGAUCUUCUGUGAUGGGAGGAGCAUUGUUGCGAUGGAGAAGGACUAUGGGACUGCGUUUUGGCGCAGGUCGAGUUCUUUCCUUAUCAAAACCAAUCACGAUGAAGAUACCAAAUCGGUCAUGGAUGAGGCUGUUGCGAAUGAUAGAGGAUAUACGGGUCUGCGUGUGGCAGAUGGUAUGCAGAGCAUGGCUGAGAUUAUUGAAGAGAGUAAAGCGCGGCAAGCGUCGAUGCAGGGGAAAUGGGAUCGCAGGGUGCAGGAUCAUGGGGUUUUCCAACAACUAAAGAGGCGGAGGAUUGAGGAUGAUGCUCUUCCCCGUUCGAUGCACUUGAAGUGGAAACGGAAUACGAAGAUGGGAUGGGAAGAUCCUGAAUCGGAGGCGUCGGUUACCCUUGGGACAGUACUUGGGUGGCUCUGCUCGGACCCAAUUGUCAAUGAAGAUACUCAUUACGCGGUGUUGAUGGAUCCUGCUGAAGGCAGGUUUAUCUAUUCAGGGCAGUUUCCAGCUAAGGUGUGA